CAAAAGUAUGCGGAAAGUCGGACGCGUUAGAAGGUUUAAUUGCGUUCUAAAAUUUUGCUCACCAUUCUGUGCAACAAUUCGUAAAAGGACAUAGGAAUUUAUACCCAGAGGAUAUACAUAUAUUGAAAACUCGCACAAUGGACUCCAAAAACAUUUCAGAAUUUGUCCAUCCAACGAUCAUGUCCACACCAUGCUUUAUGGUUUCCGUAUUGGCUAUUUAUUUAGUAACUGUGAUCUAUUUGGGGCCGAGGUUUAUGCGACGUCGGCAGCCGUUUGAUUUAAAGCCAAUUAUUAUACUGCACAAUGUUAUACAAGUACUCUCGUGUAUUUACACUGUUAAUGAGAUUCUACAAAUUACGGGCUACCAAAUACUGCUCUUCUGGAAAUGUUCUCUCGUGCCCGAGACACAUGAGCUUCUCGAGCGACACUUUAAACUUUCAUACUUUCUUUUUUGGCUGAAAAUCUCUGAACUAAUUGAGACGGUGAUUUUCGUGUUGCGAAAGAAACAAAAUCAAAUCACGAAGCUGCACGUGUUCCAUCAUAUCGCAACAGUCACAUUGAUUUACUUGCUGAUAAAUCACAAUGAGAACAGUUUCAGUGCAUUGUAUCCAAUAUUCCUCAAUUCCAAUGUGCACAUAGUUAUGUAUUCCUACUACUUGGUAGCUGCUGUGGCGGAUAAGAAGACAAUACGAGCUCUGACGCCGGUAAAGAAGUCCAUUACGGUAAUUCAGAUGGUGCAGUUUCUUUUCAUAUUAAUGCAGGCUGGCAUCGUCUCGGUUAAAUGUGGAGUGCCCAAGCUAGUCUUUUUUUAUUUUGUUGCGGUCAUUUGCUUCAUGUUUUAUGGCUUUUAUGAUUUCUAUAGGAGUUCCUAUAAAAAAGCGCAGCGUCGCAAGAGUUCAGCGACUGCGAAAUGAUUAAAUGCAUGUGUAAAUAAAUCAGAAAUAUGUACUCGUA